AUGGCGACCAAGAAGAAAAUGAAUGUCCACGACUUCCCUCGUCCACCAUUACUCGAGCGCACACCGCGGCAUCUCGUGAUCAAAUGGGGCAAUGAUGUUGUCGCUGAUACCAGGGAGGCAUACUGGGCAUUAGAAACAACGGUAUGGUAUCCUAGCAGCUGA